AAAUAAACCAGCAGCUGCUGGUCCAUGAACCUACUUGCCACUGAGAACAGGGCGCCGUAUGCAUGGGGCAGGAUGUUCUCAUGGAGCCCCUCAGCAGCAUGGUUGGGAUCUUUCUUUGCAAAAUAUACUUUCUUCUUAUAGCAGGUGUUUGUUCGGGGCUGAAGGUGACCGUGCCUUCACACACUGUCCAUGGCAUCAGGGGACAGGCCCUCUACCUCCCCGUGCACUAUGGCUUCCACACUCCAGCAUCUGGCAUCCAGAUCAUAUGGCUGUUUGAAAGAUCCCACACGAUGCCCAAAUACUUGCUGGGCUCUGUGAAUGAGUCUGUGGUUCCUGACUUGGAAUACCAGCACAAGUUCACCAUGAUGCCACCCAAUGCCUCUCUCCUCAUCAAUCCGCUGCAGUUCACCGAUGAGGGCAAUUACAUUGUGAAGGUCAACAUCCAGGGAAAUGGAACCCUGUCCUCAAGUCAGAAGAUACAAGUCACUGUUGAUGAUCCUGUCAUGAAGCCAGUGGUUCAGUUCCAUCCUCCUUCUGGGGCUGUGGAGUAUGUGGGCAACAUUACCUUGACCUGCCAGGUGGAAGGGGGUACCAGGCUAGUUUACCAGUGGCGAAAAAAUGGGAAGCCUGUUUGCAUCAACUCCAACCACUCAUUUUCUCCCCAAAACAACACCCUUUGGAUUGUUCCGGUGACGAAGGAGGACAUUGGGAACUACAGCUGCCUUGUGUCAAAUCCUGUCAGUGAGAUGGAAAGUGACAUCAUUAUGCCUACCAUAUAUUAUGGACCUUACGGACUUCAAGUUAAUUCUGACAAAGGGCUGAAAGUGGGAGAAGUGUUCACUGUUGACCUAGGAGAAGCCAUCCUGUUUGAUUGUUCCGCUGAUUCUUAUCCCCCCAACACCUACUCCUGGAUCCGAAGGUCUGACAAUACAACGUAUGUCAUUAAACAUGGGCCUCGUUUAGAAGUUGCGUCUGAGAAAGUGGCCCAGAAGACCACUGACUACAUGUGCUGUGCUUACAACAACGUAACCGGAAGGCGCGAUGAAACUCAUUUCACCGUCAUCAUCACUUCUGUAGGGCUGGAGAAGCUUGCACAAAAAGGAAAAUCACUGUCCCCAUUAGCAAGUAUAACUGGAAUAUCGCUGUUUUUGAUUAUAUCCAUGUGUCUUCUUUUUCUGUGGAAAAAAUAUCAACCCUACAAAGCUAUAAGGCAGAAGCUAGAAGGCAGACCAGAGUCGGAAUACAGAAAAGCUCAAACCUUUUCAGGCCAUGAAGAUGCUCUGGGCGACUUCGGGAUAUACGAAUUUGUGGCUUUUCCAGAUGCGUCUGGUAUUUCCAGGAUGCCAAGUAGGUCUGCCCCAGCCUCUGAUGGUGUGACAGGGCAAGAUUUUCAUGGAACCAUUUAUGAAGUUAUUCAGCACAUCCCUGCCCAACAAGACAAUCUGGAGUGAGAUUCCAUGGGCAAAAUGGUAUAUUGGAGUGAAAUAAUGAAGAAACAUUCUGAGAGAAAACAUCAGGAAUCUGUGAAGAAAUAACGCCCCGGCAGCCUCAGUCACACUUGUAAAUGCGGAGUAGAGGCGCCUAAGCCAGCUCACAGGCAGGUUUUCUGACACACAGGCAAUGAAUGGCUGUGUGACCGAUGAACAUGGUGGGACUAUUCCUCUGUGGACGCUGCUUAUCAGUUAGACCGAGAGGAAGAAGACAACGGAGCUCUGCAGCUGCUCUGUAGGUGAAGGCUUUCAAGCAUUCCAGUUAGUGCUCACCUAGGCUCCACUCUCAUGCACGCUGGCACUGCCCUGUGCCACCUACGAACUCAGAGACUUCACCUUUGUAUAUGUUCGUGAUAAGCUUUGUUCUGUCACAUGCUCGUUACUGUCAUGAUAGCAAAACACCUUCUUCUGUCCCAAACGGAUUUCUUGCUAUUUGUGUCACAAACAAUUGAGGAUGCUUAACACAAAAGUAAGUCUGUGUUGUCAAUAAACUUUGUUAUCAAUGGUGUUUUUGAGAGGACUGGCAAAAUGUUUAAGGAAAUGGCUUGGUAAAGUCUCAUUUUCAUUUGUGUUCAAGGAAAGAAUAAAUUGAAACAGAUUGUUCUGCUUUGCUGUUACAUAGCCUUGAUUCUUUAGAUUGUAAGGUCUUAUUUUAAAGUCAGAUUGAAGAGUUAAGAUUUUUUUAUUCUUAUUUUCCAUUGUGCAAAUAAAAUGAACAUUAUGGAAAAUUAUUAAAAGUCAAAACCUAUUCUCUCAUGGUUGGCUACUUUAUGCAGAAAAAGAACAUUUUAAUGUAAUUUCUUUUUUAAAAUAUUUGAAGUGAACCACUAUGCUUUUCCUGUCUUAUAUUUUCGUAAAGGCAUAUGGUAAAAGUAAAAUCAGAACUGAAUCUCACAGUUCCUCUCUGUCUUCCAGCUCUGCCACCUUUACAGAUCUUUCUGAUGAAAAAGUCAAUCCUUGUUACCACAAAUCCCUUCUUCUGUGCUUAGUAAAAACAUGAACUAUCCCAUCUGAUUAGAAAACGAAUUCAUGGUCACCAUAAACAUAGCCAUACAUCUGGGUAUGCAGAACACUGGCCCUCACACAAUUAAAAUCCCUGUCUUACCUUCCAGAAACAACCUCUCAGAAUUUCCCAACAUUAUUCAUAUGUGUAACAUACUCCUUCAAGCCCCAGAAAAAGUUUCUAAUAGUUCAUAUAAAUGUGUAGAUUACAAGGUCAAAUGUAACUCAAAAACUAAUGCUGUGGAGAGAACCAGAUGAGAGAUACGAGGGCAGGCAGAAGUGAGGUUGUAAGUGGUGUACUGAAUUCCCCUUCUUGGGUGACUAUUGCUUUAUGCCACCAAGAUCAAGCUACAAAUGCAGGUGUGUCUCUCCUAAUGGCCAUCUCAGCUGCCUGUGCUUUCUUAAGUGCCACGGGCAGUUGUCCAUAUUGGCAAUCAGC